UGCACUUCAGUGUAAAGUUUGGGGUCUUAUUUGACCCUUUUCCCUAAAAAAAUUGUAUUCGCAUUUCAUGUUUCUUGACAGUAGAGAGAGAGAGACAGACAGAGCAAUGGUGCGAGUGUUGGACAAUGUGGUAGAGGAUGUGGCAUCCAAGGCAGUUUACAAGCUGGUCCAAACUGUAGCAGCCAAUAUAGACCUGGUUCGUGGCAUAGGUUCUGCGAUACAGGAUCUAACCUCCGACAUUGAAACCUUUAACGCCCGGCUCGUGGAUGCUUCCAUGAACCCAAGGGCCAACCAACUCCAAGUUGUGAAAGUAGUAGUGAAAAAAUUCCGGGCUGUUGUGAAUGAAGCCCAGGAUGCAAUUGCCAAGUACAUUGCUUUGAACAAAAAGCAUGAAGACAAUGCUUUGGCAAAAUGUUUGGAUUUUAUUCCAUUUCCAGUUUGUGAAAAUACCAAUGUCUGCGCGAAUGAGAUCCGGUCCAUUAGAACAAAGGUGAAUGCACUUUUCCAAGUCCACGAAAAAGACCUUGUAUCCCUCGUGAGCUACAAAAACAAUGCACAAGACAAUAAUGGCCUGAAACCUCUCCAGGAUCAACCAAUAGUUGAGGAAGAUUAUGUAAUAGGCUUUGAAGAUGAUUUGACGACUAUAAAGGCUCGUCUCAUUGAACCAUCCAACAAUAUUGUUUUCAUCCCAAUUGUUGGGAUUCCUGGAACAGGAAAAACUACAUUUGCUUACCAGAUCUUUAAAGACCCCAACAUUCUCAACAAAUUCGUACAUCCCAUUUGGGUUCAUGUUUCACAAAGCUUUGAUAGGAGACAAAAGUUCAUCGAGAUUCUUUGUCAAAUUACCAAGCGUGCAGAGGACUUUAGCAAGGUAACUGAAGAUCAGUUGAAAAAAAGAAUAAAGGAUCUCUUAAAGGAUAAAAGAUACUUAAUUGUAUUGGAUGAUAUAUGGGAAAAAAAGGAUUUGGAUUCUUUAAAAGUUGCAUUCCCUAACAACUCUCAAGGAAGCAGAGUCUUGGUAACCACACGAUUCCAUAAUGUGGUUGAUUCUAUUGGGAAGCCCCAUAUUUUAGAACCGUUAGACCCUGAUGUAAGUUGGAGGAUACUGGAAAUGAAUAUUUUUGGAAAAGAGGGAUGUUGUAAUGACUCAUUGAAAACUCUUGGGGAAGAAAUAGCAAAAAGAUGCAAUGGACUCCCACUUGCUCUAGUGGUGGUGGCUGGUAUCCUGCAGAAAACUAGAACUCAUACUGAUUGGAAACGAGUGGCUGAAAAUCCUUUUCUAGAAAUUAAUCGAAAAGACCAAAGCUACCACAAACUUGUAAUGUUGAGUUAUAACCAUUUGCCUCAUGAGAAGCUGCGAGAUUGCUUCUUGUAUUUUGCAUAUUUUCCCAUGGGACAUGAGAUUGCUACUUCGAAGUUGAUUCAUUUGUGGAUUGCAGAAGAAUUCAUUCCGACGAUAGAUGAAUGGGGAUACACUUUAGUUGAAGGAUCUUGUUGUUAG